AUGGCACCAUCUUUAUAUGUCGUUAAAGGUAUUAUAAUAUUGGACCAUGAUGGAAAUCGUAUAAUGGCAAAAUAUUAUAAUCAAUCAUUUUCAAGUGUGAAAGAACAGAAAGAAUUUGAAAAGAGUUUAUUCAAUAAAACUCAUAAAGGUGCUGGUGAUGUUAUAUUACUUAAUAAUAUGACAAUUGUUUAUAGAAAUAAUGUUGAUCUACUAUUUUAUGUUAUGGGUAGUACAGAUGAAAACGAACUAAUGCUUAAUGCUGUAUUAUCAUGUUUAUAUGAAUCCUUGAGUACGAUGUUAAAAAAAAAUGUUGAGAAACGACUUAUUUACGAUAAUUUAGACCUUGUUAUGUUAACAAUAGAUGAAAUAUGUGAUGAAGGUAUUAUAUUAGAAUCCGAUCCAAUAAUGAUUAUACAACGUGUACUGCUCCGGCAAGAUGACGUAUCGUUCGGUGAACAAACAGUAUCACAGACUUUAUCGACAUUGUCAGUGUUUCAUCCUGCAUUUGAAAUGACUGAUAAACCGAUUGAUGUUGUUUUUACAUUUACAAAUGCAAAUACUCAUAUGGAAAAUAAAUUUCGCACAAUGAUUACAUCUUUAUUAAAAUAUUCAUCUGGACCAUUAAAUUUACAUGUAAUUGGUGAUAAUAAAAGUCGAUUGUUUGUUAAUCAAACAUUAGACAACAUAAAUACGCAUGCAUUAUUUAAAUUAAAUGAAAUUGAUAUAAACAAUGUAUCAAAUAUGAAAAGUGUUAUCAUUAAAAAAUUUAUGAAUUAUUUCUCAUCUCAACAUAAAUAUUACAAAGAUCCUCUAUUUUUUCUGUCAAUAGUUCUACACGAAAUAUUUCCAGAUUCAAUAAAACACGUUAUUAUGCUCGAUGUGGAUAUUAAAAUUAGAAGUGAUAUUUUCGAAUUAUAUAAAUUAUUUAAUAAUUUUAAUGAAACAAAUAUUAUCGGUAUAGCUCGAGAAAAUCAGCCGGUUUAUCGUCAUUUAUUAUAUCGAUAUCGUCAAGAAAAUCCAGAUACAAUAAUUGGUGGACCACCACCAUAUGGUUUAACCGGUUUUAAUAGUGGUGUAUUGUUACUUAAUUUAGAGAAGAUUCGCUUGUCUACACUAUACAAUUCUUAUUUAUCAACAAUUGACGACCAAAUACAAUUUCUAAUAGAUAAAUAUUAUUUCGUUAAUUCUCAUUUAGGUGAUCAAGAUUUUUAUACAUUAUUAAGUUUUGAGCAUCCAGAAUUGUUUUAUAUACUCAAAUGUAAUUGGAAUAGACAAUUAUGUUCAUGGUGGAAAGAUAAAGGAUAUGAAAUAGUGUGGAAUGAAUAUUACGAUUGUAAUGAGAAACAAAUUCAUAUUUAUCAUGGUAAUUGUAAUACACAGUUUCCACAAGAUGCAUACAAAGAUGAAUUAUAG